AAAACCAACCUAGACGCUGUUGACUGUCAAAAUUAUUUAAAAAUAUUGUUUAUAUUUUGAAAUUGAAAGUAUUUUUGUUUUCCUGAGUACCUUACCUCUACAAAUACGUUUGAUCAACGGCUUUGGACUGUACAUCGAUUGAGAAUUGUUUCUGCAAUUGAUAAAAAAGUGGAUUUAAAGCUUUCUUCGAAAUUGGCCCAAGAAGCAUAAUUAUCAUACUCGUAUAAAUAUCAUCAGUCGAAAAAAAUGUGAUGCGCCUCUACAUAACAAGAUCCAUACCAGGCCUAGGGUUCAAAAACUGUCUACCUCAUGCACAGACGUGAAAGGAACAACACUACGGGUAGCAGGUGGUUAUGUGAGCUUUUUGAAUAAGCUCUUCAGUUGCUUGAGAAAAUUAUACACGAUAGCCAAAAAUGGAUUCAAACAUCGAAAAUUUCAUCGAGGAACUCAAGAUAAGGUUCAAGAAUCAGGAAUCACAAUUGGAUCCUGUUGAAAUCGAGAAACGUUUAAGGGAAUUCAAAACAGAACUUUAUAUUAAAAGGGAUGAAGUAAAAAAAUUGCGGAAUGAUUUGGAGUCGGCCACAUUAGAAAUCAAUGAACACAAAAAGGCAUUGAACACGUUGAAUAGAUCUAACGACGAAAACGCUUUCAACAAUAAUAUUUUAUCGAAAAAAUACGGUAGUAUGAUGAAUGAACUAAUGGAGAAAAGGGAUUCAUACAUGAAACUACAAAUGCAACACAAAAUGACGGUGGCAGAAAAUGAAAUUCUAAAAGAGAAACUGCAAGAAAACGAAACGGAAAAAUGUGAACUCGCUAGGAAAGUUGAAUCUUUUGAAGCAAAACAGAGACAUGAUUUCAUUUAUCACAAGGAAAUUUUGAAGCAGCAUUCAAAUUCAAAAGUUUUCAUGGAAGAAAUCAAUGACAUGGUAACAAAACUCAAGGUUGAUCAUGCUGAAGCUGUUGAACUGGCCACAAAAUCCAAAUUGGCAGAAGAAGCUACAGAAAAGCUUCAGUUCAUUUCAAAAAAUUAUGAAAAACUGAAAGCUGAAAAAGAUGCUCUGGAAGAGCUAUAUAUCAAAACUAACGCUAAAUGUGAAACUCUUGAGCAGUUGAUGAGCACCAGAAGUGAAAUUCAUGAACCUAAUCUAGUGACUAAAUUAAUUUACUAUUAUUGGAAAUCAGAUAAAGCUCAAUUCCUAGAGGAAAAAACAGAGAAGAGUAAGAUACUACUUCAACUCACUGAAUCCUAUGCCUCAGAGAAAACUGCAAAUAUAAAACUGAUCUAUAGAAAUGAAGAACUUAGUGAUUCAAUAAAGGAUUUGGUAGAGGCACAAGCAAAAAUAGUCGGAGAUCUGAAUCGUAAAAUUGAAGACUUGAAAAGGCAAUUAAACCAGUUUCAGGGUACCGAGACUAACGAAAAUGAAGUUAAGAAUGAACCAAUAGAAAUUCAGGAUUAAUUUAGUUUGAUGAACAUGUUAAAUGAUUGAAUUACUCUUUUGUGGCAUUCAAAUAAGUUUGCCUAAUUGCUGUGAAUACGUUUUUAUGUAAAAUUCGAACAAUUAAAUGAUUUU